AUGGUGGAUCAACAGAAUCACACAGCCGUCAUCAAUUUUAUUCUCCUGGGGUUCCAGGAUCUCCAUGACCUCAACAUUCCAUUCUUCAUUCUUCUUCUGAUGAUAUAUAUCAUGACCAUAAGUGGGAACAUGCUCAUCGUCAUCUUGGUGUCAAUAAGUCCCCUACUUAACACCCCCAUGUACUUCUUCCUCUGCCAUUUAUCACUGUGCGACGUCUUGUUCACCACAAACAUCGUGCCCAACAUGCUACAUGUCAUCUUGAAGGAAGGCAGUUCCGUAUCGCUUGCCGGUUGCCUCACCCAGCUUCAGAUAUUUGAGUGCUGCGGCACCGCAGAGUGUUACAUUCUCACAGUGAUGUCCUACGACCGAUACUUAGCCAUCUGUAACCCGUUGCGUUAUUUCUCCAUCAUGGGAUAUAAGCUCUGUCUUGGUCUUGUUCUCUUGUCCUGGUUGCUUGGUUUUAUUUUUGCUCUAGUAGCAUGUGUACUGAUCGCCCGCUUACAGUUUUGUAAACCUAAAAUGAUUGACCACUUCUUCUGUGAUUUCCUCCCUGUUUUGGAGCUUUCUUGCUCCGACACUCUGACCGUGAAAAUAGAAGCUUUCAUUGUCCUCCCGUUCAUCGUCCUCUUUCCGUUCGUGUUUGUCAUCGUCACGUACGUCUAUAUCUUCUUCACCAUCCUUGGAAUCUCGUCCACCACCGGAAGACAGAAGACCUUCUCCACUUGCAGCUCCCAUUUGGCCGUCGUGUGUGUGUUUUAUGGGACGCUAAUUUGCAUAUAUUUGAGCCCAUCCGAUGGACAUGCAUUAAACAUUAACAAGUUUAUAUCUCUUCUUUACACCGUGGUGACCCCUUUGUUCAAUCCCAUCAUCUAUAGUCUCAGGAACCAGGAAAUCAGAAAAGCAUUAAAUCCAUACUUAAAAAGAUGUCGGCGAUGA